AUGGGUCCUCAAAGGAGGUUGGGAAUAUAUGUUGGUUAUGAAUCUCCUUCUAUAAUUAAAUAUGUUGAACCAUUAACUGGAGAUUUAUUUACUGCACGAUUUAUUGACUGUCAUUUUGAUGAAACAACAUUCCCAACAUUAGGGGGAGAGAAAAUACAACUGGUAAAAGAAAUUACAUGGAAUGGAUCAUCAUUAUCUCAAUUAGAUCCUCGCACAAGUCAAUAUGAACAAGAAGUUCAAAAGAUAAUACAUUUGCAAAACGUCACCAAUCAACUGCCAGAUUCCUUUACUGACCUAAAGAGAAUUACAAAAUCUCACAUACCAGCUGAAAAUGCUCCAAUACGAAUUGAUAUCCCAAUAGGGAAAUUUGUUAGUGCAAAAGAAAGUAAUCCACGCCUGAAGAGUGGAAGGCCAAUCGGUUCCAAAGAUAAAAAUCCUCGUAAAAGGAAAGGAGCAAUUGUUCAAGAUGGUAAUAUUGUGGAGGCAAGUGCCCAAGAAGAGGCCAAAUAUAUAACUAAUCAAAAAAAUCCCAGAAGAGGUUCAGGUACCUGA